UUUUUCCACCGUCUUUGUCCAUAUACAUCACUAAAAGUCACUGGUCGUUGUGAGACAUCAAAAUCUGCGUGUGCUUAUGCAAAAGUCAAUGUCGAAAUCGAGCAAGAUGUUCGAGUUGGAUUUUUGCUGUCGGAAUUCAGCAGAAUAUUCAGAGAUGUGCCGAGUUGAAGGAGUUUUCGUUUUGGACUUAUGCAUUGUCACAAAGCAAUCCUGGGCAAUUUUCAAGAAAGUUUCCGAAUGA